AUGCCAGAAACCAUAGCAGCUGUAGCUAUGGCAAUUCAGCACAACCUGUCCAAGUCAGACCUGGAGUUGGGCAGACUUUUGGAGUCUGAUGGUGUUGGGAAUCUGAUUGGAAAUCUCCAGGAAUUCUGUAUGGGGCACCAAUUACCCCUGCCACAGUAUCACACCCUUGCUGAGUGUGGCCAGCCUCACAGUAGGCAAUACACUGUUGCUUGUGUCAUUGGUCCUCACAAUAAAAUUGGAUGUGGGGCAUCAAAGAAGAUUGCAAAGCAUCAAGCAGCACAUGCUAUGCUGACAUUCUUGAAAGAGACAAGGGUGGAUUUAGAGAAGCUGAAGACCGCAACUGUGAAGGAGAAUAAGGAAUCAGUUGCUGACUCUAUGUCAUUCCAGAUCACAACUACCAACCCAGACUCAACCAUCAGCCACCUAAUAGACAAGUUUCAGGCCCUGAAGAUGUCCAAGAUCCCAAAGCUGACUCCAGAGACUUCAAACCAUGUGACAAGUUUUCUCAGGAACAUCUCCAUGCCUUUGGCCCUAGACAAGACAAAGAAGCACACAUCCCUGCUCAAUGAUCUGGCCGUAAAGAAUGGCUUCAAGUCAAAGUACAUCCACCUGGAAGAGUUGACUUGUGAUAAUGAGUACCAAUGCAUAUUAGAAAUUGGUGCCAUCCCUCUUGUGGCUGCCAUUGGGUUUGGUAUGAAUGCUGCUGAGGCUGAAGAGCAGGCUGCCAAGGCCACCAUCAACUACCUUCAUUAUAUCAACACUAAAUAGAACAAUCUCUGUUCUCAUCCUCUAUAUCUCUCUAAAUGAGGAAUUGCUCAAAAAGUCGUUUGCUUGAUGCUCUUUUGUUACUGUACCUACUACAUUGGCUCACCUGGUCCACUGGCCCCCCUGAAGCUGAAAUGCUGGAACAAUUUCCUGGAGAAUGCUCCUAAGAGUACAAGAGCAAUACUUACUCUGGAGUUUUUGUUCCCAUCUCAAGAACAUCAUCUUGAGAAUCUCAAAAUUUGAUUUUCAGAGCAUGUUACUCCUUAGAUCUUAAAUAAAGUUUAAGAAUGUA